GAUUGGUUGCUAGGUACCUCAGUGACAUAGCAACGCAACUGUUGACCAUAGCAGUGAAUGCCGUAGUUGAAUCUCUAGUUAAAAUGCCAUUGUGCAGGAAGUAUAAUGACAUCUAUAAAGACAGGAUCCUUCAGCUCUCCCAGCCAAAGGAUUACAAAACACUCCCUGUUACAGCUCCCUGCAGGUAUCUAAGGUGGGGUGAUCAGGAACCAAUAAGACCACUGUCCCACUGGGCUCUGACUGCAGUGCCCACAGAGAGAAUCUGCUAUCUGGCUACACCAAAAAAAGACCUUUCUGCAUUUGAAGAGCAGUGGAGGCAAGGAAAGCAGAACUUCUCCCCCAGGAAAGACUUAAAUUACCCGAGCAGGGUGGCCCGGUACGAGCACCUUGCCCGGCUGUCGGCCCCAAGAACCAGAACCCAGGACUUCCAGGAAGACGGGGCAUCACAGUGCCAGCGGGACCAGGCCAGAUUUCAGGGCACUGGAACUGCUGAGCUCUCACUGCGCCUUUUGCAGCUGGCUAAGCCCAAAGCAAUACACCUGGACUUCAAGGGUGACAGAGAGUCGGCGGAGACCUACAUCUCAUGCACUGCGGGAAGAGCGCAGACCAGCCCGAGGCUGGAGCAGUUAGCGCUACCCAAGAUGAGGAGGACCCACAUGUUCUUUGAAUUGGGACGACCGGAGGAGAACAUCAGACCAGUUUCAGAAAGUGCCAAACGGGCCAAGGCAACACCCCGGAUCAAAAGCCUUGCUGCGCCAAAAGUCGGAAGAGACUACAUGCCGAUGUGAGAUCCACUUUGGGAUUUUCUGCGUGGAAAAUAAAGGCUUGUUGUAACGCCAGAAUAUAGAGAAGUCUGGAGAGCAGCCAAAAACCCACACUCAAUCUAGAACAGGGUUCUCCGAUCCAGUCCUGGAGGGCCAGUCUAUGACAUGGUUUGCAGAUUUCCCCGCUCAAGCACACUUCCUAAACCUGCCAAUUGGCUGGUGAGCUGAAUAAGGUGUGUUUAAGCACGGAAAUCUGCAAGCUGUGUUGCAGACUGUCUCUCCAGGACUGGAAUAGGGGAACCCUGAUCUAGAAUAAUGGGUUUCUCAAAAAAAAAUAUAUAAGACUUGUCAUCUUUUCUGUGAGAAUAAAACUUUUCAUUCAUUUUC